UGCAGCUGCAUCUGUCAUCAUCUUUCACUGGAGGCAAGGGUUGGGAAAUCCUGCAUGGGAAUGAUGAGAAGAUGCUCCAGCUUCUAAUUCCACUGCUCACGGCAUUCAAAGGUUACGCCCAGGAAGAUCAAGUUCCAGCCCAAGGCAAUCCAGAGAAAUUCUGACUUGCAUUUGGCUGCAAACAUACCUUCUCCAAAAAAGUUAAAUGUGGCUACAGACCUGCCUUUCCCAAUCCAUCAUGGUUACCAUUUCGUGAACUGCUUCAAGUCCAGAAUGGUGAGUUCCCGUGGCAAAUUAGAAACGACAGUGGUGAAUAUCACUGUGGUCAUGGGAGCCAGAACAUUUAGCGACAUCCGUGUGGAGAGAAAGCAAGUGCAGAAGAUCAUCAUUCACAAAGAUUAUAAACCACCACACCUUGACAGUGACCUCUCGCUGCUCCUGCUUGCCACACCAGUACAAUUCACCAACUUCAAAAUGCCCAUCUGCCUGCCGGAGAAGGAGGGUACCUGGGACCGAUGCUGGAUGGCUGAGUGGGUAACAGCUGGUGGAUAUGGCCAAUAUGAAGUCUUAAACAAGCACCUGGAGAAGCUGAGAGUGGUGAAGAUUACCCGGAAAAAGUGCAUGAAGAGGGUAAAGCAGCUCUCCAGGAGCAUGUUUUGUGCCUGGAAGGAACAAGGCACCAAUGGCAACUGUAAGGGAGACAGUGGGGCACCUAUGGUCUGUAUUAACCACGGAACCCAGAGGCUCGUUCAAGUGGGUGUCUUCAGCUGGGCCAUUAGAUCCGGCUCCAGGGGAAGACCUGGUAUGUUUGUGUCUGUGGCUCAAUUUAUUCCAUGGAUCCAGGAGGAGACAGAAAAGGAGGGAAAAGCCUACACCAUCUCAGGAGCCCUGAGAAGCUCUCUGAUUUGUGUUCCACAGUACCCCUUAUUGCUAGGCUUGGGGUCUCAAAUGCUACUCACUACUAUGUUUACUGGUGAUAAAUUAAAUCUCUAAGCUUUG